UCGCCCCUCCCCGGCGGGCCAGGCGCUGGGACGCCCGGGCCGAGCAGGCAGCGGCGGUGGCGGCGGCUAGUUAGGAGCCCAAGGUUCCGUGCUGCGGGACGAUUCGGAGCCGAGUGUCUCUUGCCCCGGCUGGGCGGUGCUGGGCCCGCUUCCCACGGAGCCACGCCCUGUCAAAACUUUGUCGCUGCAGCGGCCAAACGAUCGGAGCCGGGCCAGUGAGAGGGAGGGAGGGGCGCCGGGCCGGGCCAGGCAGGGCGCGGGGCUCCGAGCGCAGCGGCCCCGGCCCGUGGCCCCACCAUGCCCCAGCUCGGUGGUGGCCGCGGUGGCGGCGCCGGCGGGGGAGGCGGUGGCUCCGGAGCCGGGGCAACCAGUGGAGGGGACGACCUCGGAGCGAACGACGAGCUGAUCCCCUUCCAGGACGAGGGGGGCGAAGAGCAAGAGCCGAGCAGCGACAGCGCUUCGGCGCAGAGGGAUCUGGAUGAAGUCAAGUCGUCCCUGGUCAACGAAUCGGAGAAUCAGAGCAGUAGCUCGGACUCCGAGGCGGAGAGGCGCCCGCAGCCCGCCCGGGACGCUUUCCAGAAGCCGCGCGACUAUUUCGCCGAAGUGAGAAGGCCCCAGGAUGGCGCUUUUUUUAAGGGACCUGCGUACCCUGGGUACCCCUUCCUGAUGAUUCCAGACCUGAGCAGCCCGUACCUCUCCAACGGUCCCCUGUCUCCUGGUGGAGCGCGCACCUAUCUACAGAUGAAAUGGCCCCUCCUCGAUGUCCCCUCCAGUGCUUCAGUCAAGGACACAAGAUCACCAUCUCCAGCACACUUGUCCAACAAAGUUCCUGUUGUUCAGCACCCUCAUCACAUGCACCCGCUGACACCUCUCAUCACCUACAGCAACGACCACUUCUCCCCUGCGUCCCCUCCCACGCAUCUGUCCCCAGAGAUCGACCCAAAGACAGGAAUCCCCCGGCCCCCUCAUCCAUCUGAGCUGUCACCGUAUUACCCACUGUCUCCAGGAGCUGUCGGACAAAUCCCCCAUCCCCUCGGCUGGCUCGUCCCACAGCAAGGGCAGCCCAUGUACUCUCUCCCUCCGGGUGGUUUCCGGCAUCCUUACCCUGCCCUCGCCAUGAACGCUUCAAUGUCCAGCCUGGUCUCAAGUCGGUUCCCACACAUGGUGGCUCCUGCCCAUCCUGGCCUGCCCACCUCAGGAAUCCCCCAUCCUGCCAUCGUCUCCCCCAUCGUGAAGCAGGAGCCAGCGCCCCCCAGCCUGAGCCCUGCAGUGAGUGCGAAAUCCCCAGUUACCGUGAAAAAGGAAGAGGAGAAGAAACCUCACGUGAAGAAGCCUCUGAAUGCCUUCAUGUUGUAUAUGAAGGAGAUGAGGGCCAAGGUGGUGGCCGAGUGUACCCUGAAGGAAAGUGCAGCCAUUAACCAAAUCCUGGGAAGAAAGUGGCACAACCUGUCAAGAGAAGAACAGGCCAAAUACUAUGAGCUUGCCCGGAAAGAACGGCAGCUUCACGCGCAGCUCUACCCAACCUGGUCAGCCCGGGACAACUAUGGGAAGAAGAAGAAGAGGAAGAGAGAAAAGCAGCUGUCACAGACACAGUCUCAGCCGCAAAUCCAAGAGGCAGAGGGUGCUCUGGCCUCAAAGAGCAAGAAGCCAUGCAUUCAGUACCUGCCCCCUGAGAAGCCUUGUGAUAGCCCUGCGUCUUCCCACGGCAGCACGCUGGACUCCCCUGCGACGCCCUCCGCAGCCUUGGCCUCACCAGCUGCCCCAGCGGCUACCCACUCGGAGCAAGCCCAGCCCCUGUCACUCACCACCAAACCGGAGACCCGGGCCCAGCUGGCUCUCCACUCCGCUGCCUUCCUGUCGGCUAAGGCCGCCGCCAGCAACUCUAGCCAGAUGGGCAGCCAGCCCCCACUCCUGUCCAGGCCCUUGCCCUUGGGCUCUAUGCCCGCCGCUCUGCUGACCUCUCCCCCUUCUUUCCCAGCUACGCUCCAUGCCCACCAGGCCCUUCCCGUGCUACAGGCCCAGCCUCUUUCCUUGGUCACCAAGUCUGCCCACUAAGCUGCCCCGGGUUCUAUGCAGGCUGUCUCGGGACUCCAAGUAGUAAUGAUUCAGAAGAGGGAAGGGGGAAACACAAAGGAAGCAUUAUUGGUCAAUAUUUGACCACUCCGGACUGUUCUGUAAAGUGACUGGUAACAGCGGUGCCUUACCAGUGUAGAUGUAUCCAGUAGCUGAUCUUCAGGCAUUUUU